AUGAUUGACUUUGCACUUCCACUAUGGUUAGUGAUUUAUUACUACACCGUCGUCCAACCAUUUCCAUUAACUCCAAUGAUCUGUGGACAAUAUAAAGGAAUUUGGGGAUCAUUUUCUGACGCAUUUCCAUAUUGGCAAGUAGCAUUCAGUAUCACCUCAAUUAUCACUCAAGUUGAAGCAUUGAUUUUUUGUUUUUAUCGAAAACAUCAAACGAUUGCGAUGGUUAUGAAUGGAGUCGUUUGUUCAAAAUCGUUUACUUUCGCUAUUCGGUUGAUGGCAUUGGUGACACCGCUUUGGAUAUUUUAUGCAUUGAUUCAGGCGGGAAUGACUAGAGACGAACAGUUGGAUUAUGUGAAGAAGAACUACCCAGAAUACCUGACCCAAUUCUCAAAAGUCACGAAUGUGGCUCUCUUCACUCUCAACAUCUGGCUAGAAGCAGUUUGUAUCACGUCAGCCGUCGGCGGGUUCACAUCCAGUUUCGCCUUCUCCGCCACAACUUUUGAUCUAUUUCGAAUGUUGAAAAGUAUGAGAAAACGAGUGUCCGCCUAUAAUUACAAACGACACAAAGCCGCUGUUCACAGUUUGUUUGCUCAGUUCAUUGCAUCUACCGUACUCCUGAUUCCUCCAUUCAUUUAUAUGAUCGUGUCAAUUGGUUACUAUGGGAAUGCCCAAUUUGUUAUUCAAAUUAUUUUAGCAGUUUUUUCAUUGAGAUCAUCAGUGAAUGCAAUUGUUCUUAUUGUGACAACUCCUCCAUAUCGGAAGUUUGUGUUGAGAAUAAAGCCGAGGCCAAAUUCGAUAGCAGUAUCGAGUUCUGGGCACAGUAAUCAACAAUUGAAUCGGUGA